GCGCGGGGGCGGAGGGGCGGGCUUGACUGCGGCCGCCCUCCUUCGGCCUGCGGCUCCCUGCGUCCCCGCAGAGUGGUCGGCAAUAAAGAAUGCUGACAGGAGAACCAUUUUUUUAAUUGCAAAUUGUCAAGUUGGUUGCCAUGAUGGAUGAUCAGCAGGCUUUGAACUCAAUCAUGCAAGAUUUGGCUGUCCUUCAUAAGGCCAGUAGACCUGCAUUAUCCUUACAGGAAACAAGAAAAGCAAAAUCUUCAUCACCAAAAAAACAGAAUGAUGUCCGAGUCAAAUUUGAACAUAGAGGAGAAAAAAGAAUCCUCCAGUUCCCCAGACCAGUUAAACUGGAAGACCUGAGGUCUAAAGCUAAAAUUGCCUUUGGACAGUCUAUGGAUCUGCAUUACACCAAUAAUGAGUUGGUGAUUCCAUUAACUACCCAAGAUGACUUGGACAGAGCUGUGGAACUCUUGGAUCGUAGUAUUCAUAUGAAGAGCCUAAAGAUAUUACUUGUAAUCAAUGGAAGUACACAGGCUACUAAUUUAGAGCCAUUGCCAUCACUAGAAGAUUUGGAUAACACAGUAUUUGGAGGAGAGAGGAAAAAACGGCUUUCUAUAAUAGGUCCCACUAAUAGAGAUAGAAGUUCCCCUCCCCCGGGAUACAUUCCAGAUGAAUUACACCAGGUUGCCCGGAAUGGAUCAUUCACUAGCAUCAACAGUGAAGGAGAGUUCAUUCCAGAGAGCAUGGACCAAAUGCUGGAUCCAUUAUCUUUAAGCAGCCCUGAAAAUUCUGGCUCAGGAAGUUGUCCUUCACUUGACAGUCCUUUGGAUGGAGAGAGCUAUCCAAAAUCACGAAUGCCUAGAGCUCAGAGCUACCCAGAUAAUCAUCAGGAGUUUUCAGACUAUGAUAACCCUAUCUUUGAGAAAUUUGGAAAAGGAGGAACAUAUCCAAGAAGGUAUCAUGUUUCAUAUCAUCAUCAAGAGUAUAAUGAUGGUCGUAAAACUUUUCCAAGAGCUAGAAGGACCCAGGGGACCAGCUUUAGGUCUCCUGUGAGUUUCAGUCCUACUGAUCACUCCUUAAGCACUAGUAGUGGAAGCAGCAUAUUCACGCCAGAAUAUGAUGAGAGUCGAAUAAGAAGAAGGGGAAGUGACAUAGACAAUCCUACUUUAACUGUAAUGGAUAUCAGUCCACCCAGCCGAUCACCUCGAGCUCCAACCAACUGGAGAUUGGGCAAAUUGCUUGGCCAAGGAGCCUUUGGCAGGGUCUACCUCUGUUAUGAUGUUGAUACAGGAAGAGAAUUGGCUGUUAAGCAAGUCCAGUUUGAUCCUGAUAGCCCUGAGACCAGCAAGGAAGUGAAUGCACUUGAGUGUGAAAUUCAGUUGUUGAAAAACUUGCUGCAUGAGCGAAUUGUUCAGUAUUAUGGCUGUUUGAGGGAUCCCCAGGAAAAAACACUUUCCAUAUUUAUGGAAUAUAUGCCAGGGGGCUCAAUUAAGGACCAAUUAAAAGCAUAUGGAGCUCUUACUGAGAAUGUGACUAGGAAAUACACACGUCAGAUUCUGGAGGGUGUCCAUUAUUUGCACAGUAAUAUGAUUGUCCAUAGAGAUAUCAAAGGUGCAAAUAUCCUGCGAGAUUCAACAGGCAAUGUUAAAUUAGGAGAUUUUGGAGCCAGCAAACGGCUUCAGACCAUCUGCCUCUCGGGAACGGGAAUGAAGUCCGUUACAGGGACACCAUACUGGAUGAGCCCUGAAGUCAUCAGUGGAGAAGGCUAUGGUAGAAAAGCAGAUAUCUGGAGCGUAGCAUGUACUGUAGUAGAAAUGCUAACCGAAAAACCGCCGUGGGCCGAAUUUGAAGCAAUGGCUGCCAUCUUUAAGAUUGCCACUCAGCCAACAAACCCUAAGCUGCCACCUCAUGUCUCAGACUAUACUCGAGACUUCCUCAAACGGAUUUUUGUAGAGGCCAAACUGAGACCUUCAGCUGAUGAACUCUUAAGGCACAUGUUUGUGCAUUAUCACUAGCAGCUGGUAACCUCUCCUGUGCCUCCACCCAGCUCCCAUUUGUUUGUUCACCUCUCUCUUGACUGCACUUUUCUUUUUUAUGACAAAGAGAGAUGGGGGAGGAAAAAGACAAGAGGGAAAGUAUUUCUCUUGAUUCUUGGUUAAAUUUGUUUAAUAAUAAUAGUAACCUAAAUUUUUUAUAUUUAAUCUUUUUUUCCCCUCACAAGAACUUGAAACUUCUUUUUAAAAAAAUUUUUAUAAUGUACUGAUGUGGUUAAGAGAGAUAAAGCACUUUAGUACAUAGUCACUCUUUCUAGUACAAACAAAUCAUUUGGAAUACCUAAAGAUUGUGAAGUCUUUCCCAGUAUCACUGACAAAUUGGUGGUGAUGGGGAGAUGUGGAAGAGGAGAAAAAAUAAUGUACAAUUUGUAGUUUUUAGUGAUAGUAUUAAAAUAGAUCUUCAUUUGUGGAGUUGAGCCCUAAACUUGUUGAGGGUAGGUACUCAAGAAUAUAGGUUCUUUCUUAUCUGUAUUCUUUAGAUCUUAACCUCUGUUUACCAAGCUUUUUGCUCAGUAGGAAUCUGGAUAGAAGAUAUGAAUCUCUAAGAGGUAUGUUUAUUUGUUAAUCUUAAUCAUAUAGUAAGCAAAUACAUUAUAAUAGAUCCAUGUUACUGGACUCUGUUAACCUUGAGGGACGGCUUUCUGCUUAAAAAAAGAUAAAAUUUAUUUUAAAGCAGAUAUGGGAAUUCAAUGAGUAAACCUAACUAAAAAACAGAAUUAGUCUCAUUAAGUGUGUGAACAGAAGAGAUCACAUUUGCCAGUACACAGAAAUAUGAAAGAACCAAGUGUUGAUUAGUAUUUUUUAAACUGUUCUUUACUUAAGGGGGAAUGUCCCAAAAUUAAGGAUAUUGAGAAAUAAUAAAAAUCAUAUAUACUAUAUUCCUACUUCUAGCUCCUGAUUUUCCAUAGGUAAUAGUCUUUAGGAAUUAAGAGUUCAGCCUGGAAUGUUAAAGCUAGUGUCAUGAGAUGAAACUCUUGUUCUUGGGAUCACAGAAUACUAAAGCACUUCAAAAAAUACAGACAUCAUGUAAAACAGGUUGUCAGCAGUGGCAUAGGGAUAGUUUCACUUCACUUGACAUUUGGCAAUGCCUGGAGACAUUUUUGAUUGUCACAAUUGGGAAGGUACUGGCUGGCAUCUAGUGGGUAGAGGCCAAGGAUGCUGCCAGAUAGCCUACAGUAUACAAGGACAGCACCCCUCCUCUAAAGAAUGACCCUGCCCCAAAUGGGAAAACUGCUGAAAGUUGAGAAACCUGAUGUAAAAGCUAGUCCCAACUAUAAGCUGAAAAUGGCCAUUUAUAAAGCAGUAAGUGCAGAAAAAGCAAUUUUAAAAGGAAAAGAUGUAUCACAGAAUGAGGAUUUUAUAAGAGUAGAUACCACUACUUUCAAGUCAAGGGUGAAAGAUCUGAACAAACAGUGCAUAGCAAACACUUCCUUACUAGCUCCAUAUUGCACCCAAAUCAGUAAUCCUUCUAUUUUAGAAACAAAAUGCAUUUGAAUACUGAGCUUUUUGAACUCACUAUUGAUGUAUAUUCUUUCCUUAAAAGUCAACUCAUAAUAGUGGGCAAAGAAAAGAAUAUCAGAACAAAGUAUUCACUACCAAAAGAAAGUUUAAAACUGUCAGGUAUUUCUAGUAUAAGGUAUCAGCUGAGGGCAAAGACAGCUGGGAAAGAUCCUGUCAUCUGUAAUGGAAUUAUGCUACUGAAAAACAUGAGGAUAUUGGUCAUUUGACCACUUGCAAUAUUUUCAGAAUAUUAAAGUAAGUGCUAAGUACUUUAUUUUUAAAGGUCUAGAAAGUAGUCAUCUUCUGGAAGGCCCUAAAUGUGAUACCUUUCUUGGGAUUCAUAAGGGACUAAGGUAUUUUUAUUUUCUGUGCAAGAUAUGCUCACUUAGAGACACUUAAUGUACUUUGUUUUGAAGUUAGGUAGAUCUUGGUUUAUCCUAUAAGGUUCCAUGUGGCAUUCCCUGUAGAAUAUUUGAAAUUCCACUAACUAGUUUGAGAAGUCAAAGCACACAAUUACUUGUCAGUGCUUCUCCCAUUUUAUGAGUAUCAAAGGAAGCAGCUUGCAAAGAAGAAAAAGAAUUAGGUGUCCCCCCUUGGUAAAUCAACUGCCUAAUCUUGUGCUGGAAACAUAAUCCCCAAAUGCA